CUCCAUCCUCAACCUGCACACACCUCUCGUUCGCAGCCGUCGAACGGACACCGCUCUGCCUCGCUCCUGCAGGCCCCGAACGCCCGAAUCUACCUUGCCCCAGCACCGCGCGAUACCGUGCCCGAGCUCUCAUCCUCCCACAUGGCCUCCCUGUCCUCCCGCCCGCCCCAGCUCGCCCCAGACCCCCUCAGCACACGCGCGUCGGAUUGGGGCCGCGCAGACGGGGGCUCUGCGUUCCGCGGGCUCGGCCGACACGCACGGGGCGCACGGGGCGGCGAACGGGGCAGAGGGGGGCGUGCGGGCAGCAGGGUCGGUGGGGGCACUGCAUAUUCCGGUGGACUCGGCGGAAGGAGGGACCCCUCUGACACCGCCCUCGGCCCAGCAGAUUCGCCCCAUCGUGUCAAGACCGAGACAUCGUCCCCUGCGGCUCCUGGCACGCCCGCGUCCACCGUCAAGAGCACGUCUGCGGUGACACCAUCGUCCAUGUCGGCCAAGGACCUCCCUGCGAAGCCCAAGCCUGCGUCUCGGCGUGCUUCUUUACAGCCAGCUGCGCGCAAGCUCCCCUCGCUCACCAUCGAGCCUGCCUCCCCCACCGCAAACUCGUUCAACCCACCCUCCUCCACGGCGACGAGCCCCUCGCCACGUGCAUCAGGCCGCCGCAAGCGCUCCCAUCAGCCAAAGUCCUCGACCUCCGUGCCCAAGCCACGCUUAUCGGUAGACCCACCGCCGCCCACGACGCGUGCGCAGAAACCCAAGGCGUUCUCGGGCCCUUCCUCUCCGCGCAGCUCCAAAGAUGCCCCGCCCCACCUAUCGGCCGACCCUGCCGUGGCCACGUUCGACAUCAAGUCGCAUAUAGACAGCUUGGUGGAGCGCGCGCGCGCGAUCGCGAUGGAGAACAGGCCCACGACGCCGGGCAGCCACCUCGAUUGGGCGGGGGACGACGACGACACGUUGCCCGACUUGGACGACUGGGGCAUCACGUCCACAGCGGCCUCCUCCGGCACGCUGCCGACGAGCGCGAGCGACGCGGGGAAGCUGGAGCUCAUGUCUCCUAUCCUCGACGACUCGCUGAAGCAGCUGCCGAUUCCGGACGAGAGGGCCAAGUCGCCCGUCGUGGAGGCGGCGAGGUUGUCCCCGAAUCUCUUGCCUGCUGCUAUCCCCGGGCCCAGGGGCAAUGGUCGCCUUGGUGCCAGUGGUCCGAAUGGCGUCUCGAGGCCCAACAGUGGACGACUGUCUCCGGUCCCCCGCUCUCCCAAUCUGGACAACGGUCGCUCGACGAAGCCUCCCGCACUCUCGACGGCCAAACUCUCUCCACGCCUGCCUCUGCAUCCCUCCCUUCCCCCGAAGCCCGUGAGCCCGUUCAACUCUGCGGGACCCAAGUCUCCGCGUCGAAACGGGCCGAGUGCACUUCAUCCAUCUACCAUUCCCCCCAAUGGGCCUUCCACGCAUCAUCUGUUACCACCCAAACCUACCGUACCGCCCCCCACAACUUCUUCUCCACCUCGCAGAACCGCACCUACUGACGCAGGGCUCGCCGAUUCUAUCCACGCACCCACCGUCCACGUGGAACCGAAGGCGGAACCCCCUCAGCCUUCUUCGGACCCCGUUCCCCACGCCGACGCCGCACGGCCAGGGCUCGAGGCGUCCAUCCACGCGCCCAAAUCGGUAGCCUCUGAGCCCGCCAUCAGCAGCCUCGCGUCCACCUCACCCCCGCCCGCGUUCAACCCAGCGCACGGCCGGUCGCGCACGCUGGAGCGGCAGCUCCACGCGGGGGGCGUCGCCCGGGUGUCGCAGUCGGGUGCGUCCACGCCCAGCCAGGGCGGACCGCAGCACGCGCGCACGCAGUCUUCGCCGCCGACGGCGCUGGGCGUGCGACACGCGCGACACGGCAGCCGGCCGGUCAUAUCGGGCGACGCCAUCUCUAGGAUCGUCAGGACCCUCGGUGGCGGCCCUGCGCCGAAGCGAGACCCGCCCGUCAGCAUCGCCUCCGCCGCUGUUGUAUCUGACUAAGACGAGUACGAGUACGAGUACGAUCUAUGUUCCGCAUCUAUGUCUGUUUUUUUUUUCUGUUUGUCUGACUGUUUGUUUGACUGUUUGCUCCCCCUGCCGGAGGAUUGCUACCCUCGCGGCCGUGUAUAGUUGUGCGUAUGCUUCGACACACAUCCUACGAUCGCGAUUUGUCGUGGUGACAUCUGGUUACUACUGUCUUGUUCCGGUUCAAUACCCUUACUGGUCUUGUUCUCGCCCGCUUCUCAAACUUCGUCACUAGCUAAUCAUCGCUCUCUCUCUUUCUCUCUAUCUAUCUAAUGUCCCCUGACUGGCUUGGAACGUGGAUGUACUAUUUAUUGUAGCAGACCGGCUGAUGCAAAACUCACAUCGCUCCCCCUAACGAAGUUAAAUGGAAUGUUUUGUACUUGGGCGACUCAUAACCAAGUAUAUGCGCGUGCCUCA